AUGACAACAGAUUUUGGAGAUGAGGCAGUGAAAAAUUGGGAAACAAAGCUCCAGAUCCUCAAGUUUAGCUAUAGUUGGGCAGAUCAGGUUGAAAAAGAAGAAAUAGCAGCAAUUCAGGAGACAAAAUUUGCCGAGAAGAGAGUUCAAAAUGAGGAAAAUAAAACAAAUAAUAGAAGCUUUGGAAGAACCCUUACAAAAGAGCAAACAAAUUCUCAUAUGGAGGAAAAGACUGGAGGUACCCUUACAAAAAACCAGCUGGCAAAGUCUCAUAUGGAGGAAAACAAAACAAAGAAUACUGGCACUGGAGGAACCCAAACAAAAGACCUGGCAAAGUCUCAUAUGGAGGAAAACAAAACAAAGAAUACUGGCAUUGGAGGAGCCCAAACAAAAGACCUGGCAAAGUCUCAUAUGGAGGAAAACAAAACAAAGAAUACUGGCAUUGGAGGAAUUCAAACAAAAGACCUGACAAAGUCUCAUAUGGAGGAAAACAAAACAAAGAAUACUGGCACUGGAGGAACCCAAACAAAAGACCUGACAAAGUCUCAUAUGGAGGAAAACAAAACAAAGAAUACUGGCAUUGGAGGAAUCCAAACAAAAGACAGGACUCAUGCAAACUCUCUUUUGGAGGAAAAUAAAAACUCUCCUAGGGGGAAGCUAAAAGCUUUAAUAAGAAAGCGCAAAGAAAGGGAACAAGCUAAUGCGUGUAUCAUGGAGGAAAAUAAAACAAAGAAUUCUAGAAAUGGAGGAAUCCUAACCAAAGACAGGACAAACCCUCAUUUGGAGCAAAACAAAACCAAGAAUACUGGCUCUAGAGAAAUUCUUACUAAAGAUCAGGCAAUUGCAAACUCUCCUAGGAGAAAGCUAUCAGCUUUUAUCAAAAAACGCAAAGAAAGGGAACUUGCAAAGGCCUUGAUUGAAAGAGAAAACAUAAAGAAAGUACAGGCUUCUGAUUCCACAAAACAAAAAGAUCCAUUGGAUACGAAAAAGGCAUUAGAUCUAGAAGCAUUUGGAGAUAAGAAGGAAUCCCUUGUUCCAGAGACUCCAACGGAUGUAAAGAAAGAUGGUCAUACACUGGAGGAGCUCUUGAAGGACAAAAAAAUAGCAACAUCACUUGGAGAUACUGAGAAAUCAGUAGUGUUUGGUGCAAACAUGUCUCAGAAAUCAAUUGCCAAUGGAUCAGAAGCAUUUGUCAAACCAGCAGUUCAGAAAAAAGCAUGUGACAAUCAAGGAGUCCAGGAUAAGGUGGGUGAGGAUAAAGUGGACAGCAAGCCAGAUAUCAAGAAGGAAGUGGAUGAAAAAACAGAAAUGAAGGAAGAAGUGGAUGAAAAACAAGAAUUCAAGAAGGAAAAGGACAAAACAGAUAUCAAGGAGAAAGUGGAUCAUAAACCAGAUAUCAAGGAGGAAAUGGAUCAUAAACCAGAUAUCAAAGAGGAAGUGGAUCAUAAACAAGAUAUCCAGGAGGAAGUGGAUCAUAAACAAGAUAUCAAGGAGAAAGUGGAUGAUAAACCAGAUAUCAAGAAGGAAGUGAAUCAUAAACCAGAUAUCAAGAAGAAAGUGGAUCAUAAACAAGAUAUCAAAGAGGAAGUAUAUAAUAAACCAGAUAUCCAGGAGGAAGUGGAUGAUAAACAAGAUAUCAAGAAGGAAAAGAACAAAACAGAUAUCAAGGAGAAAAUAUCAAGAAGGAAGUGA